CCUCGGCACAACACCGGAGAACGGAAAUAAAAUAGCAUAGUUCUAGCUCUCUCUCUAGAUCUGUUUUCUCUUUUUUCGGUCCUCUGAUCUCUGCUCCUUCCCAAACCCUAGGCGUCGAAAUGGCUGCUGAGGAACCGGUUGCUAUGGUGGAGGUGACGGCUGACCCGGCCGAAUCUGAGCCCUCCAAGGAGGAGGAGGCGGCCCCUGCUCCGGCCAAGGUCACCAAGGCUAAGAAGGCUAAGGAGACCAAGGCUAAGAAACCUGCUGCUCCCAGGAAGAGGAACCCUAGCCACCCUCCUUACUUUGAGAUGAUUCAGGAGGCGAUUGUGACUCUGAAGGAGAGGACUGGAUCGAGCCAGUACGCGAUCCAGAAAUUCAUUGAGGACAAGCAGAAGAAUCUGCCUCCGAAUUUCAGGAAGCUGUUGCUGGUUCAGUUGAGGAAGUUUGUGGCUUCUGACAAGCUCGUGAAGGUGAAGAAUUCGUAUAAGAUUCCAUCGGCUCGGUCGUCUGCUGCCAAGCCUGCUGCUGCCCCGGCCGCUCCGGCCAAGAAGAAGCCUGCUACGGCGGCCAAGCCAAAGGCUACCAAGGAGAAGAAGGCUGCCGCCCCUGCCAAGCCUAAGCCUAAGCCUAAGGCCAAGGCUGCUGCCAAGCCCAAAGCUGCGGCCAAGCCGAAGGCGAAGCCCGCUGCUAAGGCUAAUCCAGCUCCCAAGGCUAAGGCUGUUGCGGCUAAGCCCAAGGCGGCUGCGGCUAAGGCUAAGCCAAAGGCAGCUGCGAAGACCAAGGCUGCAGCCAAGCCAAAGAAGGAGCCGGCGGCUAAGGUUGCCAGGACGGCCACCCGAUCAACCCCGAGCGGCAAGGCUGCUCCUGCCAAGGCUGCGCCGAAGAAGGCUACUCCUGUAAAGAAGGCUCCGGCUAAGGGCGUGAAGCCCAAGUCCGUCAAGUCGCCGGUGAAGAAAGCGACGGCCAGGAAGGGGAGGAAGUGAUCUGGAAGCUGGUAGAUAGAUAGGGUGGGGGGAUCAGGUUUUGAUUUAGGGGUACUCUUGUAAAUUUCCCUAAUCGUUAUGGGUUAAUCUGGUUCUAGAACCGGAAUUCUUUUUCCGCCAAUCGUUAUUUUUCUUACCAGUCGUCUCCUCCAAUGUAAGGAUUAAAGCAAUUCUAGCUUCAAUGUAGUUCUUCAUAUAGCAAUGAUAUCAAAAUUUCGUUCUCCAA